AUGAGAACGUUCAUAAGUAAUAAGAUUCAUAACAUCAUUGAUUUUGAUAGUAAGUUAAUUGAUACCAACGUAGCAGAACGCUGCGUAUCUAUUACAGGGGGUAACUUAAAUAUUCUUGGGCAUCUCAGCUAGUGCAAAUGUAAAGUUUUCUAAAAGUAAGACAACGUACAGGGGACGUUUCCUUGUUCGCGAUAACAUCAGUUACGACUGUGUGUUAGGGUGGGACUUCCUUAAAGAGAAUAAGUUAAGUAUACAAGGGGAUUUUGACAGAGGGUUUAGCUCCUAUUACUUAACGGGCUCUCACGGGCGGACCAAAUUGUGUUUAUCUUCCCCACCCAAAGGUGACUCGGUAUCUGGAGUGACUGAGGCGAGCGAUGUCCCUGUCAGUGGAAUUCCAGAAACAUGCACGGGAGACAAUUCAACUGUCCUUAUUCAAUCGCGUAUGAAAGCCGACAUUACUGUAGUUUUAGACCAAAAUUUUAUCGUGCCUGCUAGAACAGAGAUGAUCGUAGAAGGUAGAUUAGUCAAGUCAGCACAGGCAGACGUAGGUAUGGUAACACCAUUUAUUAAUACUGAUUUAGGUGACGGCAUGCACGUCGCACACACGGUAGUUUGCCCUAAAGGUAGAAAUGUUUUUGUUAGAGUCAUGAACGCGCAGAGUGAACCAAGAGAGCUAAAAUUUGGUACCAAAGUUGCAACAUUUAGUCCACUUGUCCAGUCUCAGAGCAAGGUCAGUAGUGCUAGCUGCAGUGUAAGAACAAAUAAUGCGAAAGAAUGUAAGGCCAGGUUCGAAAAGGUUAUCAACUGUAAUUUAAAUGAAACUGAUAAAAAUAGCAUUCUCGAGGUUUUGUCUGAAUUUGAAGACGUGUUUGAAGCGACAAUAGGUCAUACGGAUGUGGUGACACACACUAUUGAUACAGGUAAUUCGACCCCAAUUAAACAUCGCCCACGUCGCUUGCCUUACGCAUACCGAGAUGAGGCUGACAGACAAAUCAAAGAAAUGUUAUCACAGGGUAUCAUUAG